AUGAUUUUUCCUUCAAAGAUAUAAAUUUUGCGUCGCUUUCAAUACGGGAGAUUACCGUUUUUGGACAUGGUGUUGGUGCGACAGGAAGAUCAGACCAUUAGAACGGAGUGGUACUCCAAGCCGAUGUCGUCAGGCCGUUUCCUGGACUACUUCUCGUGCCACCCGUUGCACAUGAAGAUGAACAUGAUCACCAAUUUCAUCCGCAGAGUAACGGAGUUCAGCACGAACCUGUCGAGGAGCGAGAUUGAGAGCAUAAUCGAUCACCAUCUCAAGAUCAAUCACUACCCUACGUCACUGAGGCACAGACUGGUCAACAGAGCGAACGGGAGGACACUCGCUGUGGAUGAAUCGACAAGAGCCUCAUCAGUUGAGUACAGACCAAUGCCUUUCGUGAAUGGUCUGUCUCAAAGGAUUAAGAAAUCGCUCAGUGUUGAUUUCCCCAACAUCACGAUCGCAACAAGGAAUGAAAACACAGUGAACCGCUUGUUCACCAACACCAAGGAUCGAAUACCAAACGAAAUGAAAACCAACGUCAUCUACCGCAUCCCCUGCGCUGACUGCCAAGCAAGCUACGUCGGACUCACGACUCAACAUCUUAAAACCAGACUCAAACAUCGGAGCCAGCGGAAGCAACUGGAUGAGCUGAGGAAUAGUCCGAACUGUUACAGCCCCACGGUCCAGUACGAGGUCCAGCGGAUGAAGGAGUACACGGCCGUACUGAAACACACCAUCGAAGAGCAGCAUAGAGCUAUCUAAGCCCGAUCUCACACACACUAGCACACCAUUUGUUUUGCUGGCUGGUACAAAAUUUAACCUCACUUUUUUUCGUGUACGUACACGCAAUACAUGCGCACGUAGAUAACUCUAUAGUUUCGAGCUGGGGAACACGCAGGUCCUGGAUUAACAUCGCCGCUCAGCUGCCCUGGACGUUUUAGAGAUGUGCCAUAUCAUCAACACAGAUCACACCGUAAACAAACGGAGUGAUGUUGAUGGUAUUAGUAGCACCUACGCCGGCAUUUUGCAUACAGUGAAGAAGAUGUGUAGAUCGAGACAGUCUUCACAAACACAUGCCCCAAACCUUAGCUUCCAGUAGUAGUAGUAGUAGUUACUCCCAUUCUCCCCACCUUAACCCACUAUUUGUUUCCCCCCACACAAGUUUUCGAUCUGUUUAGUAGUUUGAUUGCAAGUUUCCGAAAAGUGGUUCAAAACAGUCGUUCGUGCCAGUAAUAAUGUUAAUUUGUGUCCAUCUACUCUCCCAACUCUUACGUUUCGACCUUCUUUACAGCAGGUUGAUGCUAGCCCCCCUUUUCCAUUUCCUGACCGUUGAUGCCCAACUAAUUAGGCCCCCAGACGAUAAAACGAUUAUUUUCUAAUCCCUGAAGAAGAUGUCAAAUACAUCGAAACGUCGGAAGUAGAACAAAAACGGAUCGUUUUUGAUUGAUUAUUUACGACUGCUAAGCCGAAAACAGCC